ACACGCGGUGCAGUCUGGGAAAGUAAGCAAUCAAAAUGGCCGACGUCGGAAGAAAAUCUCAGCUCUCAACCCAAACUUUGUGUUUUUUCUAAGCAAUAAGACCAGACCAGGUGCAGAAUGCAUGAACUGUUUGCACAGGUUCUGUCCAAGCGGGACCUGUCCAGGGCGGGGGAUCUCUUCUCCAUAGAGGACAGUGCUAUUGUCAACGAUCUGUCAGAGGUCCUGAAAAGAAUACAGGAGAUCUCCUCUCGCCCUGACUACCUGACCAAUGACAACGACCAAUCAGUGGUGGAGAUCUGCAUCACCAGGGUUACCACUGCCAUCAGAGAAACCUCCACCAUCGAGCGUCAUGGCCCUGCGCUGGUGUCCCUGUGGGAAUCGUGCCUUAAGCAUAACCUCAAGCCUCUGUCUCGAGACGAGGACCCGCCUCAUGCCAAGAUUGCCUCAGACAUCAUGAGCUGUAUCUUCCAGAAUUACUCCAAACCCUCCAUCAUGAAGCUUGCCGUACCAGUAGCAGUGAAGUUUCUCCAGCAGGGGAACCGGGAGCUGAGUAGGAACAUGUCCAGUUAUCUGUCCCUGGCUGCCAUAGAGAACGCCGGACUGCUUGCCAGACACACCAAACACAUCAUUGAUAGUAUCAUAGCAGGAAACAGGUCCUUGAUCCGAGUUCUGCCCCAGAUCUACCGGGAGGCUCCUGAUCCAAUCAACAAGCGCGUACCAGACCUGGUCAGGCAGCUCAAGGAGUGUGACGGGUCUGAGAGGGGCAAUCUGUUACAGCUGCUCUCAUUGGUCGCAAAGAAGGAGCCCAAACUCAUGAUGCCAUAUGUGAACACCCUGGUGGAUUUCCUCCCCUCCCCUCCCACCACCACACAAGUCCUGCCUGUCCUGGUCGACAUGGCGACGGCCAAUGCCACGCCCUUUGUGGGCAUGCUGGGCUCCCUGCAAAAGACAGCGGAACAGCAGCCCAUGUGUCUGAGUGGGGUGGCCAGGAUCGUGGGUGCCAUCGGGAGAACGGAUGAGGCUGAAGCCAAGGAUUGCCUAAUUUACCUCGUUCAGCAGCUGUCUAAUGCAGACCACAGUUCCUUGCCUGUACUGUUGGGGGAGAUCAAGACUCUGGUAGACCGGAACCCAAACCAGCUGACAGAUCACAUCAAGGAGAUCAACAGAUACAACGACUCGUCCUCGAGCGCUGCUAGACUUAUCGUUCAACAGCUGCAGCAACAAGCAGCAAGAAGUUGUGGGAGCACCCCAACUCCAGAAGGAGGCAUAGACAAGGAAGCCCCCAGUCCUGCCACUAGUCCAACACCCCAGGCUGUCCAAAAAACAAACGAAAAACUUUCAACCACCUCCCCAUCCUCUGUCCCUACCACAAGCCCCACCCAGACCUCUCCCCCUCAUGAAAGUAAAUCGCCAAGCUCCCUCGCUACUACUACUACCUCCUCUUCCACUACUUCUACUAAAAGGCAUAGUGGGACCAAGUCACAUAGCAACCCUAACCUCAUCCCCAGCCCCAGUAUUAGAAACACUGCCGUAAGACAACCUCGUCCUGUAUCAUUGGAACAGUCCAUUCCAUCCUCCUCCUCCUCUAGUAAAGCUGUGAAGAGAUUCAGCUCCCCCACUCCCACUAAUGGAACGAUCCAUACUGCUGCAGUACCGUCACUGUCCACACAGGGGCUCUCCACGUCCACAGGCUCCAUUAAGACCACUGCCACACGAACGUCUACAACGUCAACCCAGACCACGACAUCGAAUCCCAACCUUGUUCCGUCUCCGCCGAAAACGCUUCCUGUCAGCGCCAGUUCAACAUCGUCACAUCUGGCGGCUUCGUUGCCGGGGCCCAGCGCCAUGGUGAUGACCUCUGGCCCGGGCAGUACGAGCAGCUUACCGUACAGAUCCAAGGAGCGGCCGCGAUCUGCCGCUUCCCUUGAAGGGAAGAGAAUAUCCCUUAGUAGUGAUGUCAUCAUCAAGAGGAUGACCCCUGACCCCGCCCCCAGUGGGGUCAGGGCAAAGGUCAUCAGCAGAAAGAAGGCUGCGACCGAAAAAAUCCGCAACACGGAGAAGCGGAAAAGCCUAGCGGAUCAGAUCAAGGGCAUCAUCAACUUUGGGGACAGCUCGGACAAGUCGGAAAGGGGCUCAAGUGAAACGCUUACUAAGACCAAUGACGAAGUUGACGUCCUUCAAGACUGGUCCAAGGGCAAAAUGGAGGACAUCAAGGACUACAUGUCAGAGGUCAACUGCCGGGUGCCUAUCCCAUGUUCCUGUGCAAUAGAAGAUACAAAAAGUGGCUCCUUGGCACGGCUAGGUUUCAUGUGUGCAAAGAAGGGAGAGCACUGUCUGUACUCCAGAACACAGUUCAUCACCAUGAGCAGACAUCCCAAACUCUGGCUGCAUCUUAUGUUCCUGCACAUACAGGCUAAGGAAAGAAGCGCCCUAUCCAAGCAGGACCAGAGAAUACAGUCCCUGAUCACUCAGUGGGAGAGAAUCAAGAGACGAGGGGUGCUGACGUUAGAGGGGCACGUCAUGCAGUCUCAGUUUCCCUCAGAAAGGGACCAGGAAAUGUUACAUGGUCAGCUCGAUGAGGUGCGCUUCUUUGACCUGUUCUCUUAUGACCAGUCCGAGGACAACUGGGAGUGCUUCAUGUGCAGUAAUCCUGACAAGGCUACAGGUCUUCUUCAGGAGGGCCAGCCACUUAUUGAAGGUCAGCUGAAGGAGAAGAAGGUCCGGUGGAAGUUCAUCCGGCGCUGGAGAACCAGAUACUUCACCUUAGCUGGCGCACAGCUGGUGCAGAAGUCUAGAUCGAAAAAGGAUGAUGCCUUGCCGAUCGAACUCAGCAAGGUGCAAAGUGUGAAGGUGGUGAGAAAGAGAGACCGCAACAUUCCGCGAGCAUUCGAAAUCUUCACCGACAACAAGACGUACGUUUUUAAGGCCAAGGACAGCAAGAAUGCCGAGCAGUGGUUACAGUGUAUCAACAUCGCCGUGGCUCAGGCUAAGGAGUCCACGGCAUGAUGGGAAGGAUCUGCAAGGUAUUGUGGGAAGGGUAUGUGCCUGAUACAUGAUGAGAAGGAUCUGCAAGGUAUUGUGGGAAGUGUAUGUGCCU